AUGGCCUCCACCUCCCAACCGCCUGCAACUUCAGUUCUUUUCGCUAGAGGCGUCAUCGCGCGACUGGCAAUAUGGCCAACCCUCAAAAUCGCUGUACAGGAAUCAUGGGGCGGUCCUGAAUCGGCACAAAAGCGCAGUUGGAUGGCCUCGGUCGUCGUUGACACCUUCGAAACAACAACCCCGCCUCCCGACGACCAGUACAUUGAAGAGCUUUUACUCCAGAUCAUGUCAGACGAAUUCGAGGUUUCAAUAGAAGAUGGAAGUGGAGAGAGUGUAGCGAGGGAUUUGGUUCAGCUGUGGGAUGAGACGAGAGAAGGGAGGGACGCGGGGGUAUUGAAGUUCGAGGAAUUGGCGGAGAAAUCAAAAGGAAAGAAGGUGGAAUACGUGGCCAAGGACCAGAGUGACGAUGAAGAUUGGGAAAGUGAUGACGGAGAGGACGAUGGCGACGAAGAGAUGGACGAAGACGUUCCCCAGCUCCUUCAACCGUCAGAACCACGACCAAAGGAGGAACCAGAGGUAGACGAGGACGGCUUUACGCUUGUAAAAUCGAAAAAGGGACGAAGAUAA